AUGGGUGCCAGCGUAAAUCUGAUGCCACUUGCUGUAUGUAAGAAUCUGGGUUUGGAAUAUCCAACACCAACUAAUAUGCGACUGGUAAUGGCAGAUAAGUCAAUAAAGCAGCCUGUUGGAAUUUUUCAUGAUGUGUUGGUGAAAGUAGCAGACUUUAUUCUUUGUACUGAUUUUGUGGUAGUGGAUUUUGAUGUGUACUUUGAGGUACCCAUUAUCUUGGGAUGGCCACUCUUGGCAACAGGAAGAAUAAUAGUUGACAUUGAGUUGAAUGAGCUCAAGUUUAGGCUCGGUAAAAAGGAGGCAAAAUUCAAAAUACAUCAAUCCAUUUCACAACAAAAUGAUAUGAAUGUCUUCUCAAUCAUUGACGUUUUCUAUAAGGAUGAAAAAGGGGUAUCAACAGCUUCUGAGCAGGAUGGGUCUAAAAAAGUUGAGUCUGAACAGUAUGAGUCUGAACAUGUUGAAGCUAAUGAAGAGGAUCAAGCAGAAUCUAAAGAAUCUGAGUCCAAAGAAAUAACUUUCGGGUCCUCAUCUACUGAGCAACAAGAUGAUAAAGAGUCUCCACCUUGGAGGACUCUUAUCAAAUAUCUGUUGGUGUCAAAGAUUGUAGGAGUUGAUGAAGACGUUCAUGCUCAGAAAACUCACAACCCCACCCAAUUUGGAAAUAGAUUUAAUUCCCAGGCAAAAGAGAUGACAGGUGUUGAUCUUGCUAUAUUUAGGGCUAUGUUGGAUAAGGUUAAGCCUGAGGUUGGGGUGCUGCAGCAGCACCAAAUUAUAAUGCCAAUAGGUCCAGCUGUAGAAGAAUUGGAGGAAGAAAUUUCAAUCCUUGAUCUCAUUGUAGACUCCCUGAAGAAAAAGAAGAAAAAAUUGGAGUUUAUGGCUGAUAAUGAGAAAUGGGAAGCAGCCAUUCGAGCUAGGGAUAUAGGUACUUCAUCUAGCGAGGCUCCAACCACCGCCAUUCUAGAUGCUCUUGAUGGGGAGAAGACAGCAGAUGAUAUAGUAACAAGGUCGAAGACCCAGGAUCCACGUGCUUGA